AUGGACUCGGAAGAAGACAACACCGACAGCAACAGCAUCCGCCGCCGCCGAGCCUUCCGCCGCUUCGCCGAAGCCCACCUCCGCCGCCCAGACAACAGUAGCAGACUCGCCCCGACCGCCACCGGCCGCACGAGAACCCUCGCGGUGCCCGGCCAGCCCCGGACGGCGACGGAUCUCGAGGCCGGUCCCGAUGACCACGUCGUCCCCUCCCGCCCCGGCCGGGCGAGGCGAUGGGUCGGCAUUAGGAUCCCCGCCGAGAGGACCGAGGUAGAAGGCCUGAACGACCCCGCCCCUUACGAACCCGCUGCGAAAAAGGACGACGACGUCGAGCUGCAGAAUAUGACGAGGCCCGGCGCCGGCGGGGACGACGCGGCGGACGCGAGGAACGGGUCCGUGGCCGAGCCCCCGACUACGAGGAACAUGGCGCGGACGGCGUACGGACACCACCCCGGCUCGGACUCGAUACGCUUAGAUUACGGAUAG